UCUACAGGCAGGCCAGUCAGGUAGGCCAACCUCCACAGGUCCCUGGGAAUUGCAGCCAAGGGCUAGAUAGGAAGAGAGCAGUUCCUGGAAGAUGCGUCCAGUUGCUGCAGGUGUUUUCAAGGUACUAGUGUUUAUUUUCUCUUCCCUGUGCGCCUGGUAUUCUGGGUACCUGCUUGCGGAGCUCAUACCUGACGUGCCCCUGUCCAACACCCUCUACAGUAUCCGAAGCAUUGGAGAGAGACCUGUCCUCAAAGCCCCAGCUCCAAAAAGGCAAAAAUGUGACCAUUGGGCUCCGUGUCCUCCUGACACCUAUGCCUACCGGCUGCUCAGUGGUGGUGGCAGAGACAAGUAUGCCAAGAUCUGCUUUGAGGAUGAGCUGCUGUUAGGAGAGAAGACGGGGAAUGUGGCUAGAGGAAUAAACAUCGCUACUGUCAACUAUGAGACUGGAAAGUUGAUAGCAGCAAAGUACUUUGACAUGUAUGAAGGUGAUAACUCUGAGCCAAUGGCCAAGUUCAUUCAGAGCACCCCUUCAAAAUCCCUGCUGUUCAUGGUAACCCAUGAUGAUGGGAGCUCCAGACUGCAGGCCCAAGCGAAGGAUAUUAUAGAAGCUCUUGGAAGCAAAGAAAUCAAGAACAUGAAGUUCAGGUCAAGCUGGGUGUUUGUUGCAGCAAAGGGCUUUGAGCUCCCUUCAGAAAUUGAGAGAGAAAAAAUCAACCACUCGGAUCAAUCCAAGAACAGAUACUCGGGCUGGCCUGCAGAGAUCCAGAUUGAAGGAUGCAUACCCAAAGGGCUGAGAUAGCAGUGUCUGGGCCUCAAUAAAUGUGUUUUGUACAAAUA